AUGCAGCCUGUUGCUCACCAGUCGGGAGGCGCGUCUGGAGAUCCGCUCCCGCCGUCACUGCCGACGGAGGCAAUCGAAGAGAAGGCCAGCGUGUCUAGCUUGGGAUCAUGGAACCAUUUGAUUGCUGGCGCUACCGGUGGAAUGGUCACCGCUAUUGUUACGAGUCCUCUUGACGUUCUCCGCACGCGUUUACAAACCGACUAUUACCAGACGUCAGGCGCGAACCGCUCGAUUCCCACACACGCGCACGUUCGUCAGUCGUUCGUUAAGACUUCUAUCCGCCAUUUCCGGGAGACAUUCGGCAUUCUUUUUUCAAUCCAUCGUGUUGAAGGCUGGCGGGGUAUGUUCAAGGGUCUCGGACCCAGCUUGACGGGUGUUGUUCCGGCCAGUGCGGUGAAGUUCUACACAUAUGGCAACUGCAAACGCCUGCUGCCGGAGAUCUUGGGCUGCGACAAGGAUACAACUUUGGUACAUGCCAUGUCCGCAGCAUGCGCUGGUAUCGCCACUGGCUCAGCCACCAACCCCAUCUGGGUGGUAAAAACUCGUCUUCAGUUGGAUAAGGCCGGUGCUCGCCGGUACAAGAACAGUCUGGAUUGCACCAAGCAGAUUCUGCAACAAGAAGGACCUAAGGGUCUCUACCGAGGUCUGACGGCCAGCUACCUGGGCACAAUCGAAACCACACUGCAUCUGGCCAUGUACGAGCGGAUUAAGGGACUCAUCUCUAAGGAGGUCAAUCUGGAUAAGAACUCGGAUUCGAACAAGUUUGUGCAGGGCCUUGCUCUGAGUGGAGCGUCGGGAUUGUCGAAGCUGUUUGCUUGUUUGAUCGCGUAUCCUCAUGAGGUUAUUCGUACUCGACUUCGACAGGCUCCGAUGGCGGACGGUCGCCAGAAAUAUACGAGCAUCCUCCAGUGCGCGCGGUUGAUCUUGAAGGAAGAGGGAGUGAUCGCGCUGUAUGGAGGAUUGACGGCACACCUUCUCCGCACGGUGCCGUCGGCCGCGAUCACCAUCGGGACCUACGAGCUGGUUCUCAAGGUCCUUGAGGGACGUUAA